AUGAAGGUUGCAGCAUAUUUCCCAAAGGGGCAGAGAAGACUUAAUGACGAAGUUGCAGCUCAACUUGAAAAAGAGAAGGAAUCAUCCCUUUUCGAGGCUAGGCAAAAAGAGGAGCAAGUUCGAAAAGAGAACGAGGACUUAGAAAAGAUGCUUGAAGAGAACCUGAAAAGGGUGGAAGAAGCUCAGAGAAGGGAAGCACUGGAACAGCAGCGGAGGGAGGAGGAAAGAUACCGGGAGCUAGAGGAGCUUCAAGGACAAAAGGAAGAGGCAAUGAAGAGGAAGAAGCAGCAGGAGGAGGAAGAACGUUUGAAUCAGAUGAAAUUACUUGGAAAGAACAAAUUGCGACCGAAGUUGUCUUUCGCUAUCGACUCAAAAUGAUUGAAUUGGAGAAGAAGUUGGUUUAAGUUUGUAGUUUUGGUUUGCUGAUUUGAGAUUUUAAUUAGGAUAAUUAUGUUCAUCAAACCUUGGUAGCAGCAUUGU